ACGAACGAACGCAGCCAAAAUGCGUGCCUUAACGAUUUUCUCCCUUCUGUGCGUACUAGCCCUCGGUGCUUGCCAAAGCCACGACUUGGUGUUAGGGCAAUCGUCGUAUGGGGACGUAGUUAUCUAUAAAGUCAACGAAUACAAAUACGGAUUCCCCUUAAUAGUGAGGACCAGUAUCAUUGAGUAUCCGGAACCAGGGCAGCAGAACUUCGCCUAUAUCAAGGCAAUUUAUGUCAAAGACAACUACGUCGAUGGAAAUGGGGGCUACCCUACCAUAUCAGCCGGCGGUGUUGGACAACGUUUCGUGAAGAUAAAACUGAAGAGUCAAAGGAACCACGGAUUCAACUUCACCAUCACGAUCUAUGGAAGAUACCAAUAGUUCAUGUCGCCCUGGUACUUAAAAUAUGUUUUUGUAUUAAUCUUUCCAAAAAGUCUAAAUUAUUUAUUUAUUUAACAAA